AUGGACGCCAUUACACCCGCGAUUCUGUUACUAAAUCUGCCACCUUCGGCUCUGGGUGGUAUGGACCUGCUCUCAUUCACCACUACUCCGAAGUUUCAAGGCAUCAAAAACAUACCUCCUGGAUUGCAUUUCGUUUUUGUCGGCUCAACCAGUACACUUUCUGUCCGUCAUGGCAUGUGGAUGAAGGUGACUGCACCAUCUUCUGGCCCUCCAGAUUUCUUCAUUCGCAAAUGGGAUACGAGCAGCGAGGAAUUAUUGCCAGAAACAGACACGACUACUCUUCUUCAGCAGCGAGCAAAUCUGGGAAGAAUCUGGAGAGAGAACCUGACGCCAUAUCGACAAAGCGCAUCACAGGACUCGGUGGCCACAGAAGAAACGAAUCGCUGGGUGCAACUCACAGACUGUAUCUCAGAAGCGCUUCUGGCGCGUAUAUUAGAUACAGAUGCUGAGAGUUGGACGCUCACAUCAUCCAGCAGCGCCAAACAGGAUUUUGACGACAUCCCCGGACUUUCUGCAUCCGAUCUAACUGGUAACGAACGUGAACUACGUGUUCUGCCCGUAGACCUCAAACAAACAUGGCGUGAAGGAGCAACUGGACGUGAACGUACCGAAGCAGCACAAGAUCGUUCAUGGGCACUUGCAGAUCUCACCACACGCUUCUGCAACAACAACAUGAACCAAAUCAUCGGCGAAAUGCAAUUCUGUUUUGUCAUGGUGUUGACACUGAACAACUAUUCGUGCCUGGAACAAUGGCGCAGAAUCCUCGACUUGAUCUUGACUUGCGUCAGCGCAGUUACCACACAACCAUAUUUCUUUGUACGUGCGCUGGCAACAAUCAAACUCCAGCUCCAACACGGCCAAGAUGUCGAAACCGGGCUCUUCGACCUCAGCGACGACGGCGCCACUUUCUUGAAAUCUCUCCUCCUACGGUUCAAGAAAGCACUAGACCGACUUCCUGGCGACGCCCACGCAGAUGUGGUAGACGAACUCGACGACCUCCUCGCCUACACCCAAGAAACACUAGGAUGGCAAAUGCAACAAGGCUCAUUCGCACGCACCGGCAUGCUGAGUCUCGAAGACGGCGAAGAGGUUGAAAUGGAUAACACAACAUUCGAUGAAGACGAUGAGGCUGGCGAGUAUGCGCCAACCAUCGUCGAAUUGUCAGCUGAACAGAUGAAACUGCUCGGUAUUGAUGAAUCUGUUGUGCAACAAGUAAUGAGUGGCAACAAAACACCUAACCUUCGUGAUCGUUUGCANAAAGAUCAGGCAGAUGCUGGACGCGAUGGCUAUCAGUAUGAGGUACAAAGUGACGAGGAGUCAGAGAAGGUGCAAACAUUCGACAGUGACGAAGAGGAAGAACUAGAUCUCGAGGAUAUGGAUGCUCGCUACUGA